CCGGGGACAGCGACGAAAAGAGGUCCUGAGGCCCUGAUCUGCGAAAAACAAACUCAACACCUACAGGAAAAGCACCACCAGCCCCACCCUCCCCUCAAUUCGCCGACAUCAACAACGAUAUGACGGACAAAACUACCAUCGAGCACCCUACACUCGGUGCCAUCACCGGCCUCAGAACCGGCGGUGUCGCCUCGUUCCGCGGAAUCAGAUAUGGAACUCUAUCCUCCCGCUUCGCCGCUAGCGAGAUCAACAACACCGCACCACCCGACGGCGACGCGACAACAUACGGUCCCGAGCCGCUGCAGAACCCCGCUGCCUGUGGUAUCGAGUGGUUUCUCAUUGGCGCACGAUGCGCGCCGGAGCCCGGUUUCCAGCAGAAGUGGAGCGGCACCGAGUGUCUCAACCUGAACAUCACCGCUCCCGUAACUCUGCCAGCAGAAAAGCUGCCGGUCCUGGUGUUCAUCCAUGGUGGCGCAAACAUGCACGGCGCCGCUUCGUGGCCGCAAUACAACCCCAGUCCGCUUGUCGCGACCUCCGUCGCCUCCUCCACGCCGAUCAUCGUGGUCAGCAUCAACUACCGUACAAACGUCUUCGGCUUCCUUCACAUUCCCGGGCAGGCCACAAAUCGGGGACUGAACGACCAGCUCACGGCCCUCGCGUGGAUCCGCGCCAACAUCGGAGGCUUCGGCGGAGACCCGGAGAACAUCACGCUCAUCGGCCAAUCCGCCGGCUCCGCUGCCGUCGGCUUCCACAUCGCCGCCGGUGUCUCCGGUGUGAAGCGCGCGAUAAUGAUGAGCGGCGACCCCGGGCUCAUGGCCGCGCUCCCGGAGGACGUGCACGCCGCCACCUACAAGAGCGUGUGCGAAGCGCUGUCCAUUCCGUUCAACGACCUUGUCGAGUCCCUGGAGUCCGCGCCACAGAAGGCGUUCUACGAGAUGCUCCCGGCAGACAUAAUGUACCGGCCGAUCUCGCCGCUGCCCAGCGGCUCGGGCGACAAGAUUGCCGCGCUGAUGGUGGGCGACACUGCGCACGACGGUGGCAUCCUCGUGCCCCUCUCCCUCGGCCCCGCCAGGGAGGGCCUCGCGGAAACACUCUGCGAGUACUUCUCGAUCCUCCCCGAGUCGUUCAGCCAGCUGUACAGACUGCAGCCCACGCUCUCGCCGCUUGAGGCGCGCUCCAGAUUACUCGAUAUCCUGACCGACUGGGCGUUCUCCGUUUCGGCGGUGGCCGCCGCAAAGGACGGAGACGUCCCAACGUACCUCUACCACUUCAACCAGGAGAAUCCGUGGCCGGCUUCGCAGUUUAACCCCUGGGCUGGCCAGGCGAACCAUAUCCUCGACCUUGCGUAUCUGAUGGGUAACUAUCCGCAGCUCGAGGAGGGCAAAGUCGGCGAGGAGAUGAGAAAGGCGGUGGUGACGUUUGUGACGGGUGGGGAGCCGUGGGAGAAGUAUGCCGAGAACAAACAGGUGGCCGUUUUUGAAGAUAAGGACGGGAAAGGGAAGAGCGUUACCGCCAGUGGCGAGAAGGACGGAAGGGAGAGGGCUGCGGGCUGGUGGAGGGUGGUAGAGGAGGCGGGAGGGUUGAAUAAGGUUCGGGGGGUCGUCAUGGGUGUGUUGGGGAAGUUGUAGGCGCUGGUUUAGUCGUCGUCGUUCAUGCUGCUUAGUCAUGGGUCAGAGGUAUAAAAACAAACUUUUGAUAUCGGUUUCAUUGCAUCGCAUUCGACCGUGGGCGAUCACUGCGCGCUACAAGUAUGAUUCUUAGCUCCGCCCAGUUGUAUAUGGGUCACUCCACUGAUGUUGGUGAUGAGAGUAAUUGCAG